UUCUCUCUCUCUCGUCAUCUAAACAAAAUAAUCUCUUCUUAUCAUGAUUACGAUUUACGAAUUAAUCUAAUGAUUACAAUUAACUUAUUAUAUUCUUGUGAUUCAAUUGAUCUCUUGUUUCUUUGGAAUCAUCUUCAUCUCUUGAAACAAAUUGUUCGCUUUCAAAAUCGAUGAUCCAUCUCUCUCUCUCUCUCUUUUACCUGACGAUGAAUAUGAUGAUAGUGAUGAUGAUGUUCCAACAUUUCUAAUUGUGAAUCUCUCUCUCUUUUUCUCUUUCUUUUGCUGAGAUUCUUUUUUUUUCUAAACCGGUUUAUCACUUCAAUCCACUCAACUUCAAAAAUUAUCAUUCGUUUGUUAAUCACCAAGAUUGAAUCACCAAAAAAUAACAACAAAAAAACAACAACAAUAACAAAUACAGUUAAAUUAUGAUAAUUGGUAAAGUCUACUCAAUAUUAUAUAGAAAAUGAAACAAGAUCGUCGUGAUCAGACUGGAAAAUCAGGACACUCACCAUUUAUUAAUCGAGCUCUACCUCCAUUGCCCAAAGAUAAUAAGGAAGGUGAUGAUUGUAACCACCAUGAGGGCGAAAAUGGUUCCACCGAGGCAGAGGAUAGACAAAAGGAUUAUUGUGAUUCCAUUGAGAAGGUUAAAGAUUGCGGAUGGUAUUGGGGACCAAUUUCCGGGGAAAUGGCGGAGGCCAUUCUACAUAAUGAGCCCGAUGGUAGUUUUAUAGUUCGUGAUUCAAGUGAUGAACAUUAUUUCUUCAGUUUAACAUUCAAAUUGGAAGGUUUUGUUAGACAUGUUCGCAUUGAACAUGAUCAAGGUACUUUUAGCUUUGGAUCACGACAAAAGUUCAAAAGUAAUACUAUCGUUGAUUUUAUCGAAAACUCCGUCGAGCAUUCAAGAAGUGGUCGCUAUCUAUUUUUCUUACAUCGUUUACCUGUUAUGGGCCCGAUGCGUGUCCAGCUACUCCAUCCCGUUUCUAGAUUUAAAAGGAUCCAAUCGUUACAACAUAUGUGCCGAUUCGUUAUUCUAAAAUAUGUUCGUCGAGAUCUGAUUGAUCAUUUACCUUUACCACCUCAGUUGAAAUCUUACCUGAAUACACCUUAUUAUUAUUCGGAAGAAUUGACUCUCUUCGAGAAAGCAAAGAAAGAUGAAGAAACUUCAACAUAAUUGAAAUCCUUUAAAAUCACUUGUUCUAGUCCUGACACACCAACAACAAUCAACUAAUUAUAAAAGAUUAUCUCUAAUGGAGAGUUUUUUUUUCUUCUUCUCUUUUUUUUCUUGAUGAGUUACAAAUUCGUCAUGAUUAUCGUUCACCAUGAUUUCUAAUCAACGGAAGAAAAUCAUGCAAAUAAAAAUUAUAUCAACAUUCUCAUCACUCCAA